AUGAAAGAGUACUGGACUUCGCUGGCUUCCUUGCUCGGCGUCCUCGCCUUCUGCCAGAGCAUCGUCAGCUCCAUCUUCCCGCCGGAGCUCCGUUACGCCAUCCUCAAGCUCACCGGCCGCCUCUUCAGCCUCUUCUCCUCCUACGUCUACUUCGACAUCACCGAGAUCGACGGCGUCAACACCAACGAGCUCUACAACGCCGUCCAGCUCUACCUCUCCUCCUCCGUCUCCAUCUCCGGCACCCGCCUCUCCUUAACCCGCGCCGUCAACUCCUCCGCCGUCACCUUCAGCCUCGCCAACAACGACUCCAUCGCCGACUCCUUCAACGGCGCCGCCGUCCUCUGGGAGCACGUCGUCACCCAGCGCCACUCCCAGACCUUCUCCUGGCGCCCCUUGCCCGACGAGAAGCGCGGAUUCACCCUCCGCAUCCGGAAGAACGACAAAUCCCUAAUCCUCGACUCCUACCUCGAUUACAUUAUGGAGCGGGCGGCGGAGAUUCGCCGCAAGAAUCAGGACCGAUUGCUGUACACGAAUUCUCGCGGCGGAUCUCUGGACGCGAGGGGACAUCCGUGGGAGUCGGUCCCGUUCAAGCAUCCGAGCACAUUCGAGACCCUGGCCAUGGAUCCGGCGAAGAAGCUCGAAAUUAUGCGAGAUCUGAGGGAUUUCGCGGAAGGGCAGGAGUUUUACCAGCGGACGGGGAGAGCCUGGAAGCGAGGCUACCUCCUGUACGGUCCCCCGGGGACGGGGAAGUCGAGCAUGAUCGCCGCAAUGGCCAAUUUCUUAGGUUACGACAUUUACGACCUCGAAUUGACGGAGGUCCACAACAAUUCCGAGCUCAGGAAGCUGCUGAUGAAGACGAGCUCCAAGUCGAUUAUCGUGAUUGAAGACAUCGACUGCUCGAUUAACCUCGGGAAUCGGAAGAAGAGCUGCUCAAACGGCGGGAAAAGAGGAGGCUCGUCGAGUUUCUACGAGGCGGCGGCGGCGGAGAUGAGAGGAGGAGGAGCCGCCGGUGGUGGCUCCGACGAGUCAGGGAAUUCGAUAACGCUCUCCGGAUUGCUGAAUUUCACCGACGGAUUGUGGUCGUGCUGCGGCAGCGAGCGGAUUUUCGUGUUCACGACGAAUCACGUGGAGAAGCUGGAUCCGGCUCUGUUGCGGAGCGGGAGGAUGGAUAUGCACAUUUUCAUGAGCUACUGUUCGUUCCCGGCAUUGAAGAUUCUCCUGAAGAAUUAUCUCGGCGUCCAGGAACCAAACGCCGCCGGCGUUUGGAACGAGAUCGAGGCGGUGAUUGAUAAGGCGGAGAUGACCCCGGCGGACGUGAGCGAGGUGUUGAUUAAGAAUCGGAGGGAUAAGGACAAGGCAGUGGCGGAGCUGCUGGAGAUUCUCAAGGUGAGAGCGGCGACUCGCGGCGGUAUCGGCAGGCAUUUCGAGACGGUGGAGGAGGAGCAGGAGAAGAGAGCGGUGGAGGUGAGCAAGGAAGGAGAAGCAGCAGAUGAGUUCAGUGGUGAACAGAGUGAGGAGGAAGAAGAAGAUGACAACAAGAAGAUCAAAUGA